CAGAGGGGAAUUUGCUGACAGUCCCUUGCCAGGUGGAGCUGGCUUUACCAGGCCGCUAAAAAGAAGGAGAAGGACCCACCCGCAGUCGCCUCUCAGAGCUUUGAAGGAGCCACUUUAGUCGUCAAGAACUGGUGGGAGACUGUAGGGCCACUUGGAAGCAUCUCUUCCCAGAGACUGGUCGAGAAUUGGAAGCCCCCGGGGGCAUAGCCUUUCAGCCUGAACUCUCACCAAUACCUGCUGCCCCAGAAGUAAAAACCCUACUGGUUGAAUCUUGGAGAAGGGACGGUGCAGCCCUGGAGGCUGAGCAGGGAAGCUGUGAUUUGCAAAGCUGUAGCUGAGUGGAUGCCUCAGAUCUGACGUGGACCUUCCCUGGAGAGCUGCCUCAGAGUGGGGAGCAGUCCCAGAGUCUGACAGAGACCUUCUGCCUGGCCGGGAAGCCGUGUGCCCAAGAUGUCUGCCUCUUCAGUGAGCGUGGGCCAGAAGUAUCGGAACAUGACGGUGCAUGAGUGUUUCCAGUCCCGGAGCACUGUCCUCCAGGGGCAGCCCUUUGGGGGGAUACCCACUGUGCUUGUACUCAACAUCAUCUUAUGGGUGUUCGUUGUCUUGCUUUACUCCUUCCUCCGGAAAGCUGCGUGGGACUACGGGCGCCUGGCUCUGCUGAUACACAACGACAGCCUGACCUCGCUGAUCUAUGGAGAACAAAGUGAGAAGUCGUCUCCCUCAGAGAUUUCCCUGGAGGCAGAACGCAGGGACAGGGGCUUCUCUUCCUGGUUCUUCAACAGCCUAACCAUGAGGGACCGGGACCUGAUCAACAAGUGUGGGGAUGAUGCGCGCAUUUACAUAACGUUCCAGUAUCACCUCAUCAUCUACGUGCUCAUCCUCUGCAUCCCCUCCCUGGGCAUCAUUUUGCCUAUUAACUACAUUGGAACUGUUCUAGACUGGAAUAGUCACUUUGGCCGGACCACCAUUGUCAAUGUCUCUACAGAGAGCAAGUUCCUGUGGCUGCAUAGCCUCUUUGCUUUCUUGUACUUCCUCAUCAACUUCGCCUUCAUGGGUCAUCACUGCUUGGGAUUUGUGCCAAAGAAGAACCUCCAUUUCACGAGGACACUGAUGAUCACCUAUGUCCCCACUGAAAUCCAGGAUCCUGAGAUCAUCAGCAAGCACUUCCAUGAGGCCUAUCCUGGGUGUGUGGUGACCAGAGUCCAUUUCUGCUAUGAUGUCAGGCACCUGAUUGACUUGGAUGAUCAAAGGCGUCAUGCCAUGCGAGGCAGGCUCUACUACACGGCCAAGGCGAAGAAGACUGGGAAGGUGAUGAUCAAGACACAUCCCUGUUCUCGCCUGUGCUUCUGCAAAUGUUGGACCUGCUUUAAGGAGGUAGAUGCGGAGCAAUACUACAGUGAGCUGGAGGAGCAGCUGACAGAUGAGUUUCAUGCCGAGCUCAAUCGUGUCCAGCUAAAGAAGCUUGACCUGAUCUUUGUCACCUUCCAGGAUGCCAAGACAGUGAGAUGCAUCUAUAAUGAUUACAAGUAUAUCUGUUGUGGUAAACACCCCAAGCAGUCUUCAGUAACGGCCAUCAUCAGAAACAACCACUGGAGGGUUGCUUAUGCCCCUCACCCCAAAGACAUCAUCUGGAAACACCUGUCUAUCCGCCGCUUCAGUUGGUGGACUCGCUUUGUCGCCAUCAACACCUUCCUAUUCUUCCUCUUCUUCUUUCUCACCACACCUGCCAUCGUCAUCAACACCAUCGACAUGUACAAUGUCACCCGCCCCAUUGAGAAAAUGCAGAGCCCAAUCGUGACUCAGUUCUUCCCCUCUCUACUGCUCUGGGUCUUCACUGUGAUAAUGCCUAUGUUGGUCUACUUAUCCGCCUUCCUAGAGGCCCACUGGACAAGAUCGAGUCAGAACCUGAUCAUAGUGAACAAAUGCUACAUCUUCCUGGUGUUUAUGGUGGUCAUUCUGCCCUCCACGGGGCUGACCAGUCUGCACGUCUUUUUGCGCUGGCUCUUUGACAUCUACUACCUUGAGCAUGCAACUAUCAGGUUCCAGUGCGUGUUCCUUCCAGACAACGGUGCAUUCUUUAUCAACUACGUGAUCACAGCAGCUCUGCUCGGCACAGGCAUGGAGCUGAUGCGCCUGGGGUCACUCUGCACGUAUUGUACUCGCCUCUUCUUAUCCAAGUCAGAGCCAGAAAGAGUCCACAUCAGAAAGAACCAGGCCACGGAUUUCCAAUUUGGACGAGAGUAUGCAUGGAUGUCGAGUGUCUUCAGCGUGGUGAUGGCAUAUAGCAUCACUUGCCCUAUAAUUGUCCCGUUUGGGCUGCUGUAUCUGUGCAUGAAGCACAUCACAGACCGCUAUAACAUGUACUACUCCUACGCGCCCACCAAGCUGAACGCGCAGAUCCACAUGGCCGCCGUCUACCAGGCCAUUUUUGCCCCACUCUUGGGGCUCUUUUGGAUGCUCUUCUUCUCCAUCCUGCGAGUAGGUUCCUUCCACAGCAUCACUUUAUUCUCCAUGUCUUCCCUCAUCAUCUCCACAGUCAUCGCCUUUGCUGGCAUUUUUCUGGGGAAGCUCCGGAUUGCCCAUCGGUAUGAACCUGAGGAAGAAGCAGAGACUGUGUUUGAUGUGGAGCCAAGCAGUACAACCUCUACUCCCACCUCCCUUCUGUACGUGGCCACUGUGCUACAGGACCCAGAGCUGAACCUGACCCCCGCCUCCUCCCCAGCCCGCCACACCUAUGGCACCAUGAACAGCCAACCAGAAGAGGGAGAAGAAGAGAGCGGUCUGAGGAGCUUUGCAAGGGAUCUGGACUCAGCCCAGUUCCAGGAAGGGCUGGAACUGGAGGGCCAGAGCCACUGAUUAGGACUCCAGUCAGGGGGCCAGGGGAGAGCCUGGCAGGGGAAGGCGGGAAGGAGCUCCCUCCCACAGACUUUGGGAAGCUCCUGAUGGAGACAUCUGCCACCCCGUGGCUGAAUCUGCUGAGCAGCCAGAAAGGGCAGGGUGGGGUGGAGGAGACUUAUACCAUGUUUCUAGGAGUGGUAGCUGAUGUCCAGUACAUAAGAGACGGUCUGCUGUGUGUCUUGCUGGGGUCAAACUGGUGUGAGUGUGCAUAAAGGAAGAGAUAGGAAGAAGCCCACUGGCAGCUUUCUGGGGGGUGUGUUCACCAGCCCCCACCCCACUCCAGUUGCCCAUCAAGGAUUGUUUCAGACCCCCAUCCUCCACUGCAGUCUGAGCAGACAAAGGGAUGUGUACUUGGCCUUGUGAACAAGGCACCAGUGGCUGUCUCGUCACAGGUUUCCGGAACUACAGAGCAUCUAGAAACUCUGUACCUCACCCUCUGGGCAAGGGGCAGCUGGGUCAAGCCUGGGAAGCAACGGAAGCCUUCCCUGUUUCUCUGCUCUGCUCUCUGCUUAGGACGGUAGCUGUCCCAGCUACUCAGACUCAUUAAAGGAGACCUACAUGCAUGCGGUAAAGGAAGCCAUGCCAAAUCCUUGCUGGUUGAUUUGAGAGAGAGAGAGAGAGAGAGAGAGAGAGAGAGAGAGAGAGAGAGAGAGAGGUGUGUGUGUGUGUGUGUGUGUGUGUGUGUGUGUAGGGGUGGCACAAAAGUUCAGGAAACAAGGUCUUCUCUCCAAAACUAGGCCAUGGAAAUCAGAGACACCUCUCUCAAUCCUAAGGAUAAGAUCCCCAAAGCCUAGAGACAGCCAAGACACCCUCUGCCCCAUGUAUAUGAGUGCUGUGUCCCCCGCAUGGCCAAGAGUGGUGACAGCUCAGGCCGCAAACUGAAGGCACUGGCCAUCCCCUACCCUCAGAAGGACUCUUCCUCUUCCAAGCUGCCCUGCCUGGCCUCUAGUGUGAUACUGGUUCAGGAGUUAUGGAUGCUUCAUACAGUGGUGGUGUCAUCCCAGUCCUGCCAGGGUUACUCAGAGGGGGAGUGAUGGCUAACACCCCCUCCCCCAUGGAGAAGACCCUUCUGAUGGCCAAGCCUCCGGCUGGAGGAGCAAAACCACCUCUGCCCCCUUCUGAGGUGUUCCAGCUUCUGCCUCUUAAGACAAGGCAUCGUCAGGACUACCGUGAAGCCUGAGCCUCCUGACCCAAGGGGUGCGUAGCCCCUGAAGCUCCUCCCCAGAGAGCUGGGGUCUUCCUUGCUGCCUGUUCACUGCAGGCAGGUCCAGGCUCAUUCAGCCCCAAGUGUCUCUCCAUCUAUGGCUGCCCUGAAAUCAGAUCACUUGGCCUAGUCUCUGCUCCAUCUCUGUCACACCCUAGCCACGUAAGACAGUUCCAAGCUUCACUCCAGGGCAGAAACAGUUGCUCAAGGAGCAGGUAGAGCCACACCCCAGGACUUGGUCCCGAACGCUAGCUAGCAUGGUGCUCUUUGCUGAGACCUUGAAUCAGCUGGGAAAGAGGCUACCUCCAGCCCUUGUCAAGCUUGGAAUAAAGGUAGAACUCUAUUCAGUCAAGCCGUAGACACUCCAGUACCCUGAGGCCCUCACCCCUGGGAUUUCAUCAAUGAGGGAAAGGACGUCUUUAUAGCAGAGUGGUCAGGCCCAUCAUCUAGUUCUGCCCAAAGCGGGGAGUUACAGUCCACCCCCCACAGUGCGUAUGUGGUAUGUAGUGAUUUGGAAUGCAGCCAGAACCUAGAUCAGGGCCUUUUCUCUGGGCGCUGCUGGCUGGCACCUGCCGCAGAUCCCUGCAGCCCUGUCUGCUGCUGCUGGCCCUCCCUCCUACCCUGACCCACUGUAACCCAUGGAAGCUUCAGGUACAAGGGGCCCUAUAGACAGUGGAACAGGAUGGCUGGAGGGCCUUCCCCCCUCUGCACUGGGUCAAAUGCAGUCUGGUUCUGAUGCCAAGGUUGGGCAGGUGGUAUAUCCCACUCUGCUCCUCCAGGAGCUGUCCACCUUGACGAGGCCUUGAGUUUGCAAGGCCACUGGAGGCCCUCAGCACCUGCUGCCCCAGCCCACUGGUCGUCAUCCCACUCUGGCCCCACUUCGAUCUCUUCUGGAAGGAGAUGCCUCCCAGGAGACCCGGAACCGGAAUGACACAGAGCCUCCCAGAGAGGGGACUCUUACUGGGCUUCGAGCAGCCUCACCCCUGCCUGCCUGUCCCUAAACUGCCCCUGGAAGCAAAGUGCCUAUCAACACAUUGCAUCUUGAGGGGCGGGGGGAGGGCCCUGGAGGGGUGUGGACUAACUACAGCUACUACCACUAAAGGAAUGUGCCAGAAUGCUGAACCUUCUUGUUAUUAAUGUAUGACUGUGCCUUGAAUAAACAAG